AUGGACUCCGUCUGGGUCGGCGACAGCCUGACCGCCAAACCACGUCUUGAGGCCAUGACGACCCUCGCCGCCAUCGCCGCGCGAACCUCCCGCGUCCGUCUCGGUACGGCCGUGAUGCUCAUGGCCCUGCGUCAUCCCGUCCUCCUGGCCCAGAUGAUGGGCACCGUGGAUCUGAUCUCCGGCGGCCGCUUGCAACUCGGCAUCGGUGUCGGCGGAGCCUUCAACGGCAUGCAGCAGGCCGAGUGGAGCAACGCCGACGUGCCCCAACGCACCCGCGCCCGUCGCCUCGAAGAGAUGCUCCAGGUCGUCAAGGGCCUCGGUUCCGGCAAACCCUUCUCCUAUGAAGGCCGGCAUUUCCAGCUCGACGACGUGAUUAUGGAACCCACCCCGGUGCAGCCCGACGGUGUGCCCGUGUACCUCGGCGUCCACUGGCACGGGCGCGGCGACGGUCAGGGCGCCCAGCGUGAGCGCCAGGCCCGCCGCGCCGCCCGCCUCGCGGACGGUGCCAUCUCCAUCUCCGCGACGCCCGACGAGUUUGUCGACCUGAAGGAAACGGUUCGUGGCUACUGCGCCGAAUACGACCGCGACCCCGACUCCAUGUCCAUGGUCAUGUAUCUCACCGUAAACCUCGAUGAGGACGUUUCCCGGGCUGAAGCGGAGGCCGAAGACUGGCUGCUCGGCUACUACGGCGCAAACAUCUGGGGCGACCGCUGGGGCCCCUUCGGUGAUGCGGAACGUGUGCGCGAGCGUAUCCAUGCCUACGCCGAGGCCGGCGCGGACCAGAUCAUCGUCCGCUUCGCCACCUACCGCCAGGAAGAGCAGAUGCAGGUGUUCCUGGAGCAGGUCGCGCCCGAUUUCCGCCGCUGA